UCCAUCAUGCGCGCCGUCACUGCUCUCGCGGCAUGCAUUGCCUUUGCCAAUGCCCAAACCUUUGACAUGGAUAUGAUUCUGGCUGCAGAGCCUGUCCCUACCCCAUCUAUUCCUGUCGUCUACGUCACAGGUGACAGUCCUACCACGACAGCAUCUGCAACAACAGUCUCGUACGUCGAGAGCCAGGCCGCAGCAUCAGUUUCGUCCGAGAUCAUUGCAGCAGCAAGCAGUACCGGUCUUGACAAGCGUGCCGCUUCUACCUGCGUACCUCAACCCACUGGCAUUUCCCACAACUCGAAUCCGGACACUGCUUCUGCUUUCUUGGCCGAUGGAUACUAUUCGAGUGUCGCAUCUGCUGCACCUACUCCCGCUGGUUAUGUUAACACUUUCACCAACCUCCAAGCCUCAAACAACGCUUACGGUUGUGCUCCCAGAAGUGCGACAAAAUCAGCGGAUGCCUGUCGUUCAACAUCUACCAUGAACGUGAUCCUUCUGAUCAAGUGUGUGUUCUGGGGAGGUCCUGUGCUCAAGUCCAACGCCAACAACGCUCGACAGUGGCGCAACAAAUUCCAGGUCGUCAUUGCCGGAUCCAACGGCUACGUGAACAAGACCAUCACUCCUGCUGCUGGUUACGAUGAGCCUGUAGAUCUUGGUGACGCUACCAUCAAUGCUCCUCUGGACUGCUCUGGACACGACACUUUUAUGCAGUCCAAGUUCUUCACCUCCGGUCCCUUCGAUGCGAGCUUGUGUGCUUCCGCCUGCUCAGCCCAGACUGUUUACAACUUGGCCCACCCUCCUGCUGAGGGACAACCCAAGACUUGCCAGUUCUUCACCACUUACCUUCUUUACAAGAAUGGUGUUGCUCUUGGACAAACUUGCUCGCUCUACACUAUGGCCUGGAACACGACAUAUAACACAAACAAGGGAUACUACUACGGCAGUGAUCAUUACACAGUCGGCUACAGUUAUGCGUUCUCGAACGCAACUAACCAGGGUGCUCCUUAUGCUGCUUGUGGCUCGUCCAGCUCAACCUCUGCCGUGUCCGCUUCUUCCACUACCCUGACUACUGCUACCGCAACUCCCACCUCUCUCCUCCCCGACACUUCCUGCAACAACGCCGGUCUCCAAUUUGCUUACUACCCGGGCCUCGCCAGCACACAAUGGGACUACCACUCCCCCAACUACGGUCUCGAUGCCGAAAACUACAAGACCGUGACUCCAAACUACACGGGAGUGACAAACUUCAUCGGCGGCUUUGCUUGGAACAUAUACCACCAAUCCUCUACCAUUUACGGCAGUUCCCGCCCCUUCGACCACGANAAAAUGAUCCUCAACCACAGAGGCUAUUUCUUCGCUCCUACUUCUGGCGAGUACACGUUUAGUAUCCCUACUGUGGACGAUGCUGCAUUCUUCUGGCUGGGCGAUGUUGCAUAUUCCGGCUUCAACGAAUUUAACUACCUACUUCUGGAUAAUCAAGCCAAUGGCACUCAAAGCGCCACCGUUACGCUCUCAGCAGGAAAAUACUAUCCUAUCCGUUUGAUAUAUGGAAAUGUUGGUGGUGGCCCUGGGAGCUUGUACUUCCAGAUUACGCAAGGCAGUAAAGUGGCGGUGGAUUGGUCGUCGACUGUUUCGCCUUAUUUUGUGCAGUACUCUUGUGAUGGGGUUGCUGCUCCUGCUUAUCCUGCUUUUGGCCAGGAGAGUUGA